AUGGAAGCUGAUCACAUGGGAGAUUUUAGUUCUUCAACUUGCGAUCAACGAAGUGAAGAAGAAGUGGAGGUGAGAAAAGGGCCAUGGACUCUUGAAGAGGAUUCAUUGCUUAUGAAUUACGUUAGAAUUCAUGGUGAAGGUCGUUGGAACUCUGUAGCUCGCUGUGCAGGACUAAAACGAACGGGAAAAAGCUGCAGGCUAAGGUGGUUAAAUUACUUGCGCCCAGAUGUUCGAAGGGGAAACAUCACUCUUCAAGAACAACUAAUGAUUCUUCAACUCCACUCUCGCUUGGGAAACAGGUGGUCAAAAAUAGCUGAACAUUUGCCAGGAAGAACAGACAAUGAGAUAAAAAACUACUGGAGAACAAGAGUUCAAAAGCAAGCAAAGCAGCUCAAAUGUGACGUUAACAGUAAGCAAUUUAGAGAUGCCAUGCUUUACGUUUGGAUGCCUCGUUUAAUUGAGAGGAUCCAAGCGGCAACAACCAAUUCACCAACGAUUCAACCCACUUCAAACCUCACCACCACCACCAUCACCACCACUGCAGAGACUACAAGCACUCAUGCAGACUUACGCAUGAGUCAAAUUCAUCACUCCACUGAGUUGUCUUGGGACUCCGUGGAUGCCCAUAUAGACAAUUCACAAAACUGGUCAGAGCUUUACCCAUAUAACACGUCUGGCUUAUGGGACUGGUCUAAAUCGAGUUUAGAUAUUCACUUGUCUUGGGACUCGAUGGAUGCCUGUCUGGAUAAUUCACAAAACUGGUCGGAGCUUUACCCAUAUAACAUGUCUAGCUCAUGGGACUGGUCUAAACCGGGUUUGGAUAUCCAAUUAUCUCGGGACUCGGUGGAUGCCCAUAUAGACAAUUCACAAAACUGGUCAGAGCUUUACCCAUAUAGGACGUCUAGCUCAUGGGAUUGGUCUAAAUCGGGUUUGGACGUCCAUGAAGGCGAUCAGUCAUUGGAGAGUUUGUCAAAUGAUGAGGGUGUCUGGUUGUAG